AUGGCUGAACCCUCGACGAAUCCCCUCCUCUCCUCGAAACCCUCAGAAAAUGACCUCGCCGUCUCUCUCCAUCCCCUCGUUCUCCUCACCAUAUCGGACCAAGUCACAAGACAUUCAGUGCGAAAACAGUCAGGCCCGGUGGCGGGUGCGCUUCUUGGUCAGCGGAAAGGCAGAGAGAUUACAGUGGAACACGCUUUCCCUGCAGCAUUGGUGAGACAUGAAGAAGGGCCAUGGCGAUUCAACCUCGAGUGGAUGGAAACGAGGAUCCAGCAAUAUAUUGCCGUCCAUAAAUCACCCGCUCUAACGUUCGUUGGCUGGUUUACCCUUGGUCCUCCUGAAGGUCCACUACCCGAAUUUGUGCAUCUUCAGGAACAAGCCAUCGAGCUGUGUAAUGAUAACGCCAUCCUCCUCACAUUACACCCCGAAGCAAUCCAGUCAGGGGACACUGGUGGAGGGAAACUGCCCAUCACGAUUUACGAGAGCGUCGACGACCGUGAACAUUCCAAGGAUGACGGGUCAAUGCACACCGAUAGGGAAGAGGGGUCAAUGCAGAUUGACGCAGAAGAAAAGUCCGUCCCCAGAUUCCGCCCACUGCCAUACACAAUCGAGACAGACGAGACAGAAAUGAUUGCAAUAGACUACGUUGCGAAAGGGGCGGGUGGCGCAGUGACAAUCGACGAUGCACCCUCCGAGGAGCCAGCUUCAGGACCAGUCGAAUCACCGCAGUCGGACAGAAAGGGCAAAAUGCGAGCGGAUCCAGGCCCGGAGGUUCUCGAUGUACAAGGAACAAAUGGUGCAGAGGAGCUACUGAAGGCCCUCACUCCGGAAGAAGAAGACCACAUCGCUGGGAUGACGACCCGGCUUAACGGCGUAAAGAUGCUCCAGUCACGACUUGAACUCUUGAGAACCUUUAUUCAGUCCCUUCCGCCCUCAUGUAUCUCCGCCCUAGGCAUCAACACGGAAACCAUUCCACUGACCGCGACGACCCCGGAUCUACCUCAUGUCCCUCACUUACGCAACAUUCAAGCCCUGCUCACACGCCUCUCCCUCCUUACUCCUCCCACAGCGUCCACCCAGGAGAAUCCCUUGGCAUCCGCAUCCCUCGCACAGUCCAACGAUGUCUCCCUCGUCAGCCUUCUCGCUCUACUAGGCCAAGACAUCCAGGCCUUUUCAGAGCUUGGUCGAAAAGCCGUCACGGUGGAAGCCAACAAGAGUCAUUCAAAGGGCAAGCAACAACAAGGAGGAGGCCCGAAGGGUGCCGGUGGAGGCGGAGGCAAAUUAGGGCCCGGCGGAUCAAGUGGCUUUGUGGACACGGAUGAAGGCAAUGUUCGCUUUCCUGGCACGGUUGGAUUCACCAACACGGGAGCGUCAGCCAUGGUUUAG